AAGAAGAACAAGAAGAAGAAGCUACCGGCAAGCCGACAGUGUGAGGUUUUUUUGUGGGCAGUUUUGGCCCGUGGUCAAUUACGACAAGAGGAAGAAAGGAAGAAGAAAACAUAAGCCGGCUGUGCGCGCGCGUUGCGUUGUGAAUGGGACUGGCUCGGCGCACGGCCGCGAACGUGAUUGAAGGUCCUGAUGCAGUUGUGGAGAUGGCACCAGCUCUUACCGAGCCGUUGAGUCAGAGCAAGCUCUCGUCCUCGGCCACGUCCGGUGCAUCGCCGCGUACGGGCGGCGUCGCAGAAGCGGGCACCAGCACCAGUACGAGUACAGCAACUGAUCAGCAGCAGCAGGAUCAGCUCUCGGACCAGGACCUCGGACAUCAGGAGGUGCCGAGCAGUGGGAGUACGGCGGACUCGGGAACGGGGACCGCCUCGACGAUCCCGAGUGAGUCGGAUCUCAAGGAUACGACGGAGGUGUCGGCAGCGGACGACUCGUCGGUGGUGGACGACAUCCAGAACAACAACGGCGCCGCCGGAUCGCUGUUGAAGAUUGAUCCCGACAGCGGGAAGGAUCUCAUCGAGCUUGCCCUGGAGCAGCUCCAUCGAGAUGCGACGACGGAGUCGGCUGCGGUGGUGGGUGAGGGAGGUAGCAGUUCGAUAGAGGAAACCGCCGAAAUACCACAGGCUGUGAUUGACCAGAUUGCGCAGGUCGCGGCGGCGGCGAUUGGCGCUGGGGAAGAAGCGGUCAACGCCACCACCAGCGGAGAACCGUCCUCCGACCUGCAACAACUCGACUCGCAGUCGUCCAUCAUCUCCAGCUCUAGCACCGGCGCCGCCAUGGGUCUCCAGAAGGACUACCUCAAGGACAACCCCGACAUGGAGCAAAUGCUCGGCGAGCUGGCCUCCACCUCGGACAUGGAACUGCUGCAGGUGUUCAAAAGCCUCGAAGGAAACCCCAGCGGAGACGGCCUCUGCGCCGAACUCGCCGGUGGCCUGUCCCUCUUCAACGACGUGGACGUGGUCAACAUGUACGAGGAGGUCGCCCAAGUCUCGACGCCUCCCAACAAGGACCGCGAACGGCUCGAGAUGCACGCCGAAAUCGUCAAACGACAGGCGCAAAUGCAACGCAAGUACGACUUCCUCAUCCGGCGGCUCAACAAACUCCAAGCCCGCUACAUGGGGCAGCACGUCAGCGACGAGGUCGCCGGCCUCUUCGAGUACUCCCAGCGCUACUGGAAAAAGAAAGACAAAGAACACGCGAAGGGCAUCAGCUCCACCACCGUCUCCCCCACCCUCCUCAUCCCGGACAUCAUCCCGUACCAACCUCCCCCCACGCUCACCUCCUCCGCCAACACCCCCGCGGACAAACUCAAACCAAUCUCCGCCAACGCGAUGAAGACGUUCGCCAAGCGCCUCGAAGGAAUCGCCACGACCCAGUGCUCCACCCAGACCAAGCGAAUCUUCGGCAAUCGGUACUUUCAGGGCACGACCGGGACGCCGCCGGAGCUGGUGUCGCACGCGGCCUUCACCGCCACCUCCAGCACCAUUCCCAAGUUUGAAGAUCUGACCAUCGACCAGCUGGAGCAGUCGGCGGGGAUGCUGCAGGCGGAGCUGAAGCAGGUGCAGCACACGAUCGACUCGGAGGCGACGGCCAGCUCGAGCGGGGGCGAGUCCGCCGACGAGAUGGUGCUGUACAACAACCUGAACCAGCAGCCGUUGACGAUAGCAAAACGCGCCGCCUGGCGAUGGGCCAAAGACCGGGCCUCGGUCGCAGCGCGGUGGACCUGGCUGCUGGCGCAAAUCUCCGACCUCGAGUACCGAAUCCGGCAGCACAACGAGCUGCACAACAAAAUCAAGGUCAACAAGGGUGCCGUCACGCUGGAGGACGUCCCGGUGCAGUCGGUGAACGGGUACCGGGGCACGCUACCCGGCAACAGCAAACCACUGGACGACGGUUACGAUGCGGCGGGCGCGGCCACACCGAACGGAGCGUACGACCAGACGGGAGGUUCCUGCCGGACGAGACCCUUCCACCGGAACGGCUUCCGGAAGCGAAAGCUGCUGCAGACUGCAAAUCUGCACACGAUUUCCAAGAAGGCGGCGCGGCCAAGCACCGUAAAAUGUGGCUGCGCGUGGCCGUUACACCCGUGCGCGCUCUGUACCGGCCGGCAGGAUCCGACGGCGCCCCGGGAUCUCCCCGAUACGAUGCCGGCAUCGGACCGAGUUGCCCUUCUGGAUCCCUGCUUCCACCCCGUGUUGAGUUUCCCCGAAGACGUGUCGCACAGCGUUCACUUUGAGGCCAUCAUGCGGAUACCGGACUGGCAGAACAAGAUGAUCCGCUGCUCGGCCAAAGCCCUCUCGAAGAGCCUCUCGAAUCGGACCUCGCGAGGGGGUGUUGGGGACGGAGGUGGUGGUGAUGGUUCGUCGCCUCCUGCCCAGUUCUUCUCGUCCGGGGAUGAGGGCGGUGGCGGCCACAAAAAGUACGGCCCCGACGGCAAGCGGAAGUACAACAAACACAACAAGCUGCACGGUUCCCAGGAACUGGCGAAUCAUAAGCUUAAAAAGUCCAAAUCCCGGCGCAACCUGCUGCUGGCCUCCAACAGCAACAGUUCCGGUACGGGCCAUCGCAAAUCCGGCGGCUCCGGCGGAUACCCCCCGGUUGGCAGCGCCGGCCAGUACGGUCCUCCGGGCGGCUUCGGCGCCACCCCCGGCGGAACGUCCAACAAGUACUACAAGAGCUCGAGCAGCAAGUACCGGAAACAGUCGCUGUCGUCGUCGUCGGCGGCGGGAGGAGGAGUCGCGGGCGGAGGUUAUCGCUACGGAAGCGGUGCGAUGGCCGGAUCGGCGUACGACUCGUACCUGGACCCGAUGCAGCAGGACGGGGCGGGCAGUAACAGCAGCCGGAGCAAGAACUCGUCGCCGACGCCGAACCACCAUCGGAACGAGAAACGUAGCCGGAUCUCGUACGAUAUCGACAACAUUGUCAUUCACGGAAUGGCUGCGGCCAACAAGGUGGAGAUUCUGCCCUACAAGGAAAUUGCUACACCAAAGUGGCGCGUGGUCGGUGACAACGAGCCCGAAGAUCCGGACAGCGACAAACUGCUGGACACCUCCUCGGACGAUCACCUUCUACUCGAUACUAGUCAGCUCACCAAGACGGACAGUGGCAACAGCAGCCUAACUCCUCCCGCACCGCCCGCGCCCCCACCGGCCGACGCCACUCGCCGGUCGCUCUCCGAACUCAUCGUCCUACCAGCCCUCGACGAGGAGGACAUCUCCGACGAAACCAUCCUGGUGAAGCACGAGCGGGCGCUGCUGGACGAGCGCAAAAAGUUCCAAACGUACAUGAAGUUCCCGUGGAGCAGGCCGCGGGCGAACCGGAGGACGGACAGCCGGGCCGAGUCGAGUGGGGCGAAUACGCCCGAUCCGACGUCACCGGCGCCGCCGACGCCGCUGGCGGAAAUGGAGUCCAACACAUCGCCGGCAUGUCCGUCGACGCCACUCGUGCAGCAGGACUCGCUGGAGCUGUCGGAAACGAGCGUGAUCAACGCUUUAAAUCAAAGUCUCAACAAGAAGGAACGAAGGCGAACCGUUUCGACCAAAAUGGUGGUGAAGGAGGAGUUCCGCCGUAGCAGUACACCCGACAUCAAGGAGAUCAUCCCCCCGUACGAAUCGCUUCAGUUCCCGCUGGCGGACGACCUGUACGAGGAGAUGGUCCGGACGAUGCCCAGCGAUCACCUGCAGCUGGUCGAGGACGCCAUCGUGAAGCUGACGCGACCGAACCGACCCAACAACAACCUGCUGCUGGCGAACCGAACCGGCACCGGCCUAAAUCUGGCGCCCUCGAGCAGCGGCCUGCUCACCAAUCCACUCAGCUCGAACCUUUCGACCACGUCGACGACCCUGUCGGCGACGGAAGCGACCGAUUUGGACGAACCGCUGGACGAAAAUGAGGAAGAGCUGGCACGGGCGACGCAGCUCGAGCGCAAGCGGGUCAUGGAACGGCUGCUGCAGAACUCGGACGAGAACAACCGGCUGUUUGUGGUGGGGGGUGGGGCUGGUGGCGUGCGGGUCGUGCUCGACGACGACGAUCCGAUGGACGACGAGGAAACGGACACGGGCGAGUCGCUGUUUGUCGAGGAGGACGACCCGAACGACCCCGAGUGGUACGACAGGCCGGGCCGGGGAAGGACGUAAGCGUGGGCGGGGGGUUGCGGAGUCGUGCUGCUCAUUUGAUCUCUCUCGCGUUCGAUUUCUCUGAACUGUAGCAUUCGAAGCCUAUUCUUAUUCUGUAAUUACGCGAUUUGAACUUUGUGGGAGUGCGAUAUUGAGAAAGUGAAGAAAUAGCGGAUGUUAACCUAGCUUAAAAUAACGAUAAAUGAAGUCGUCAGCACAUUGGGCAUUAGAGAAAAACCAUGAUAAGCAGAAUAAUUAGCCCCAAAAAAGAAACCCACAUUUUUCCCUUACAGAACAAGAAC